AUGUUUAUUUGUAGACUCUACAAUAAAGAACUAGCAGUCAUAUUAAAACACGGUUCAGCAUUUGAGAUCCAUGUGAAGUUCGUGGCGAAACAGCAAAUAGAAACAUUUGAAUGUGAAUUCUGUCAUCCGAUAUUUAAAUCCAGCAGCCGUGCGGUCGGGCGAGCGAGAAGUUUCCACGGGCUGGAGGCUGCGGGGGUUGGAGGGGAGAGGGUGGAAGGGAGAGGGGGGAGGGUGCUCCGGGGCGAGGGGCGAGGGGGACUCUAA